AUGAGUUCAGACGAAGAAGAGUUCAACGAUAUUUACGGCGAUGAGCCAGAAACUAAACAGGAACAAACUGCCGCAGUCGUUCCUGAGAAGAAAGAAGAAAAUAUAGAGAAGAAGUCAGAAGUAAAAGAGGAAACUAAACCAUCUCCUACAAAGAUAGAUUCUUCUGCUAAUGAACAAUUAGCUGCUUUACAAGCUCUAACCUCUUCUAUAAACCAGGCUCAAACCAGCUCAUCAACUCAAAGUGUACCACCUGUUGUAAAUGAACCAACUGAAACUUCCAGAGAAUCAUCUUCUUAUGAUAAUGGUAGCUAUAACGCUCCACAAACCAGUAAUGCACCAUCUCAAGGUGGAAGGAUGAAGGCAGAUUUGUCCAAGGAAAGCUCAAAACUAUUCAUUGGUGGGUUAAACUGGGAAACUGAUGAAGAAAAAUUAAAGAAGUAUUUCUCAAAAUAUGGUAAUGUUGUUGAUUUAAAGAUUAUGAGAGAUAAUGCCACUGGUAGAUCUAGAGGUUUUGGUUUCUUGACCUUUGCUGAGCCACAUAGUGUUGAUGAAGUAGUCAAGACGCAGCAUAUUCUUGACGGUAAAGUUAUUGAUCCAAAGAGAGCAAUUCCAAAGGAUGAACAAGAUAAAACUGGUAAGAUAUUCGUCGGUGGUAUUGGUGCUGAUGUAAGACCAAAAGAAUUUGAACAAUUCUUUUCUCAAUGGGGUAACAUCAUUGAUGCACAAUUGAUGUUGGAUAAGGACACAGGUAGAUCCAGAGGUUAUGGUUUUAUUACUUAUGAUACACCAGAGGCUGUCGAUAGAGUAUGUCAAAAUAAAUAUAUCGACUUUAAAGGUAAAAGGAUAGAAAUCAAGAGAGCUGCUCCAAGACAUUUACAAAAAGGUGGAUCCAAUCCAAGAAAUAACAAUUCAUCAUCAUAUGGUGGACAUAAUGAUUCAGGUAGAGAUAACUGGGGCAGUCAUGCAGGUACAGGUGCCAACGCUACUCCAACAGGUCCUGGUCCAAAUGCCAACAAUAAUAAUAACAUGUAUGGCAAUUCAAAUAUGAUGAAUAUGAACCCAAUGUUCAAUCCACAAAUGAUGCAAGAGUACUAUCAAAAAAUGCAAGAAUAUUAUACACAAUUCCAAAAUGGUGCGUACCAACAACAACCAGGUGGUGCUAAUGGGCAACAGCCGCAAAUUCCAGGUAUGCCAAUGAUGAUGCCAGGUAUGCCAAAUGCUCCAAACAUGCCAAAUGCUCCAAACAUGCCAAAUGCUCCAAACAUGCCAAAUGCUCCAAAUAUGCCAUCUCAACCAUCUCAAUCGUCAUCUCACGAAUCUAGUGCAGAUAACGCUGGUGGUAGAAAUAGAGACAGUUCUUCUUCCCGUCAAGGCCAUAGGACACAUCCAAGAAGACAACAAGAUAAUCAUGGAUAUCAUCCAUACAAUAAAUGA